AGCGACUUUUGGACUUCCCCACGGCAUUCUUGGAAAUCGUUUUUGACAAGAUUUUUUUAAGCAUUUCUGAUUUCCUUGACCGACAUUUGUCUUUUACUUGUCGCUAAUUAGCUUUCAAAAAUGUCGUUACAUGACGAGAAACCAGAGCAGGUGGAGGCGGAGAACUUCGACUUUGGGUUGAAGAAAAAGAAGAAGAAGAAGGCCGUGCCAGACUUUGAGGAGGUCGCCGCUGCUGAGACGGAAACUGCUGCACCUGAAGCAAGCAACGGUGCUGAGGCAGGAGAGGGUGACGAGGAUGCAGUACCAGAAGGGGACGACGCUGGGAAUAUGUUUGCUGACUUGAAAAAGAAGAAAAAGAAGAAGAAGGUGACUUUGGAGGGUGAGGAACCAGCACAAGAGGAGGGCGCUGAAGGUACAAAGUCGGAAGCCUUCGACUUUGGAGAGAAGAAAAAGAAGAAGAAGAGGCGACCGGAUCUGGCCGAAUUUGAAGCACAGCUGAGAGAGGGUCAAACGGGAGAGGACGGGGCAGAGGAAGAGGGAACAGAAACUAGCGGGGCGAAAAAGGAGGGUGAUGAUACUUGGCAAGGAAGUAACCGUGACUACACAUACAAUGAGCUAUUAUCCCGAGUCUUCAAAAUUCUGCGCCAAAACAACCCCGAACUAGUAGGAGAUAAGAAACGAUACACCAUUGCACCACCUCAAGUUAUGAAAGAAGGAACAAAGAAAUCGGUGUUUGCAAACGUCGUUGACAUUUGCAAAAGAAUGCAUCGUCAACCCGACCACGUCAUUCAGUAUCUUUUUGCGGAAUUGGGUACUACCGGUUCCAUUGAUGGUAGUCAAAGAUUGGUCAUCAAGGGGCGUUUCCAGCAAAAGCAGAUUGAAAACGUUCUUAAGCACUAUUUCAUGGAAUACGUGACAUGCAAGACCUGCAAGUCCGCUGAUACCAUUCUCACAAAGGAAAAUCGUCUGUUCUUUCUGCAGUGCGAAUCCUGUGGAUCAACGAGAACUGUCUCGGCCAUUAAGACUGGUUUCAUGGCGCAGACAAGAGAUGCCAGGAAGGCUGCCCGUGCAAAUGCAUGAGCCAAGUAGGGUUAGAUACAGGAGUGAGCCAUGCAUGUAUGAAUAUAGUAUUUGCAUCAUCCACCAUACGUCAGUCGUUACAGAAAUUCCAAAAAGCGCAGCAUUCUCCGGUAAUAGGUCAGACUCACGGGAGUAUUCUCCUCCG